AUGAGCUUUCAAACCGUAGGUAAUUCGUGGCAUUUACAGGAGACCGACUUUUUCAUUCUUUUGAAAGAAGCUACUUCUAUCUAUCUAUCUAUCUAUCUAUCUAUCUAUCUAUCUAUUUCAUUCAUCUAUCUAUCUAUCUAUCCCAAUCUGUUCAUAUCUAUCUAUCAUCUAUCUAUCUAUCUAUUCAUCUAUCUAUCUAUCUAUCUAUAUCAUCUGUUCUAUCUAUCUGUUCUAUCUAUCUAUCUAUCUAUCUGUUCUAUCUAUCUAUCUAUCUAUCUAUCUAUCUAUCUAUCUAUCUAUUAUUCAGUCAUUCUCUUCAUCUAUCUAUCUAUCUAUCUAUCUAUCUAUCUAUCUAUCUAUCUAUUUCUAUCAACCACAUAUCUAUCUAUCUAUCUAUCUUUAUCUAUCUAUCUAUCUAUCUAUCUAUCUAUCUCAGUCUGUUCUAUCUAUCUGUUCUCUAUCUAUCUAUCUAUCUAUCUAUCUAUCUAUCUAUCUAUCUAUCUAUCUAUCUAUCUAUCUAUCUAUCAACCACAAGCUACUCGUAUCUAUGCAUCUGCUAAAUUACAGUUAUUUGAAGUAAACAAAUAG